AUCACCGUCUUAAUUAAGCAGCAAGACAGCAGGAAGUUAGUUAUAACGUAUCUCAGUGCGCACACGCCUUAUUAAAGCGUCAAUUUAAUCUUCAGUUUCCAAAGCUCGUGGCGCCGGCGUCAUUCUGUAUUCGCCGAUGUCGCGACGCGCAUGCUCGGGCGCAGUGACGUGAGUGCCAAGUGUCGUGCUAUGAUUUAUCUGUGAUAUUGCAUUAGGAUUUACAAUAUGAAGUGCGUUUUAUUGAUAAGUGUUUGUUCGCUACUAACUGCCACAGCUUCCAUAACAUAUGACGAAUACAACGUUUUGCAGCAAAUCAUAUUUGCGGAUCACGCAAAGAGCAGCGAAGAUGUGGAAGAUCUUACUAAACCUCCAUACAAAAUAGACAAACCAGUGUCGGUUGACAUUUCAAAGCUUUCCCUGGCAAAUAAAACACUAUUUUAUCCACUGAUGAUACACGCAGUGUUCAAGUUGGAAAUAUAUAAAACAUCAAAUUUAUUCUCUAUAACCGAUCCAACUGGUUACACUAGAAAACUUAUGUUGAUUUUGAAGACGAACUAUGGAAACUUGAACGAAUUUAUAUUGAAAAGUGACAGUUUCUCCAUGAAGACUGUUAGUUUUAGAGAAAAAAUGAGUAUAAAAAACAAGUGGACAAAUGUUUCUUUCUACAUACAACACGACAAAGUGUCUUUUUGGCUGGAUUGUGAAAAGAAAGAGCCAGAUUUCGAAAGGAGUGGUUCAGUGUUUCAUGACAUUGAUUUGAAAGGUGACUAUAAAGUACACUUGAGUGACGAGAUGCAUCCUUUCCACGGUGAAUUUCAAGAUAUAAAAAUUUUCGUCGGCGCUGAAGAAAAUAUUAUAGAUAAUAUAUGUAAAACUGCUGGUAAACCGGCUGGGGAUUAUGGUGGGCCAAUAGCAGCAAGUCUUACCGCUGAAAGGCCCUUUACGGACUUCUUCGAUUCAAGAACAUCAUCAACGACAGAAAGGGAUGAUGGAAUUGGUGGCGAUGACGAAGAUAUAGAAGGCCCCGAUUUUGUACCAGGAUCAUCAGGAGAAAUUGGUAAAUGUGAAUGCUCCGAGUCGACCAUAUCUAGCUUGCUUGCGUCCAUGCCUGAGAUGAGAGGACCACCAGGAACUCCGGGGCCACAGGGUGACCAAGGGGAAACUGGACUAGCUGGCCCACGGGGUGCACCGGGUGAGCCUGGACCAAGAGGGCACACUGGACACGCAGGACCAAGAGGUGAAGAUGGCAGUCCAGGAAGAGCCGGAUCUCCAGGACGAGAUGGUGAACCAGGCAAGAGAGGAGAACUGGGACCAGUUGGGCCACCAGGGCCGCAGGGACCCCCGGGAGUUUGUACUAUCAUGAAGGGAACAGAAGAGAAAAAUGAAGUAGCCAUACCAGGCGAAAGAGGUCCACCUGGACCAAUUGGUCCCCCAGGUCUUAGAGGACUGGAAGGAGAAAGGGGCGCAAAAGGAGAAACUGGUACCAAAGGAGACAAAGGUGAUCAGGGAACAAAGGGAGAAAGAGGAGAACCCGGUGAAGAUGGAAGAGACGGGGCUCCAGGCACACCUGGAAGUGAAGGGCUACCCGGCCAUAACGGACAAAAAGGCGAUACUGGACUCAUUGGUCUGCCCGGUCUGGCUGGCAUGCCAGCUAAAUUAACAUCAUUGUUAACAGAAGAGAUAGAUCCUAAAGAGAAGGCUGAAAUUUCCGAUUUAUUGAGAGGACCAAAGGGAGAGAAAGGAGAAUAUGGUGUCAAGGGUGACAGGGGGGAUGAUGGGAUAAAUGGACUACCGGGAAAUGAUGGUAAAGAUGGCCGAGACGGAACACCGGGAGAGCAAGGUCCACAGGGAUCAAAAGGGGAGCAUGGACCACCUGGACCAAGAGGUCAUAAAGGGGACCGUGGAGAACCUGGACCACCCGGAAACACUCCUGCUGCUGCCGUUACAUUAACUAAGGGUGAUAAAGGAUCGCAUGGCCACCCCGGAAAGGCGGGCCCAAAAGGAGAUCCUGGUCCUAAAGGCGAACAAGGUACGACGGGACAAAAUGGAACUAAAGGAGAUAAAGGAAAUACUGGACCUCCGGGACCUAUAGGGCACAAAGGCGUUGAAGGUAAAAAAGGGUCGACCGGAGAAAAAGGAGAGAAAGGGGAAAGAACUCAACCUGUUGACUUGGCAUUGCUGAAAGGUGAAAAAGGCGAAAGAGGUCAGAUUGGGCUCACGGGACCAAUUGGCCCACCUGGACCCCCGGGUGCAGUCUCCAAUCACACUGCUAUUCCUGUACCUGUUGGACCUUCUGGACCUCCUGGCCCUCCAGGUCCUCCUGGCGAACCUGGCCUACCUGGGUCCCCUGGAUUGACUAUGACUGGACCAUUGGGUGGACCAGCGGAAACACUAAAUUCUAUUUAUUAUGACAUCGGAGAAGACGACUUCUACACAGCUUCCACAGUGGUUUACAAAAGCCGGACAGCAUUAAUAAAAAGAACCGAAAGCACGCCUCUAGGAACCUUAGCCUUCGUUUUACAAGAGGAAAUUCUUCUUUUACGGGUCCAAAACGGGUGGCAAUAUGUCCGGAUGGGUUCCAUAUGGAACGUCCAGUCCUCAUCGACAACCACUCGACCACCGCGGCAUGAUCCUGCAGUAACGACGGGAUCCCCGAGGGCAAACAACAUUGUCGCAAGCACCGACAGACCUCCGAGGUUGAGAUCUCGACCACCAAGGCGUUUAAAAACAAAUUACAUCCGUCUAAUAGCGUUAAACAGACCAUACACGGGUAGAAUGUUAAGUGAGACGAAUUCAAGUUUUAGUUUCUACGCGAUAGCAAAUGACUGCGGAAGGCAGGCUCAAAGACACAAUAUCAGCGGUCAGUUUGAGCCUUUACUCGAUUUUAGGGAUGGUGGCUUAGAGAAUCUUGUAAAUAAAAAAUAUCAUGAACUGCCAGUAGGAAACUUAUUUGGUGACGUGCUUUUUAACACGUGGAAAGACAUGUUUUAUGACCUGGGUCACAUUUCUUCGACAGCAAACAUCUUUGGGUUCAAUGGGAAGAGUAUAUUCAUUGAUUCAAACUGGCCUGAACAUAAACUGUGGCAUGGCUCUAGCACACUAGAAGUGGGCCAGAAGGCCAACUGCCUAGACUGGAUGAGCGAAAGCCCUAAACAUUUUGGGACUGCGUCAACGCUUGCCAAAAAUAGAUUGCUGGAGAGAGAACUGCACCCGUGCAGCAGCAAAUUCAUCGUGUUGUGUGUAGAGGUAACACCAACCCUGCCUAGAAGACAAAGGCAUAUACCAGCAAGAAGACGAAGAAGGUUAACGUGACCAUUAAUAUAAGUGCCUUUAUAACUUA